AUGAUGGUUCCGUUAUUUCUCGGGCUUCUUAAUCUUUUGGCUAUUGGCCAUGCAACAAGUAAGUUCAAUAGAUAUAAUGAGGUUGGAGUGUCUUAUGACGUAUGAUAAAACACGAACUAGAAGACAUCCUCGUUCCCAGCGUUCAGUCUGACAACUUCCAGUUUUAAUGACUGUGAUACAUUUACAUAUGCAUAACAACAACAACAAAAAUAAUAAUAAUAAUAAUAAUAAUAAUAAUAAUCUAUUUUUUACAGAGUACUGUUGGGAAAAUUCGCCGGAGGCCGCCUGCUAUUACAUACAAGAUCCCUGCCCAAAAGGUCUUAAAGAUUGCUCUAGAAACUUCGUUUGUCAGGUGUCAACCAACAAAUGCUGUUGCCCAAAGUCUGGCCCGUCGUCUGUGCCGCCUUCUGUGUCGACUGCCCCGCCGACAACUAAGCCAAGUUUGUAUUAUGUUAGCCAAUUCCUUUAAUACCUUACUUGUAUUAAAAUUCGCGUCGUACCCAUUUUCGCUCAGCUUUAAAUUCGUGCGAUUUAAUUUCGAGCACCUUGUUAAGACUUAUUCGCGCAGUUUUAAAUUGGCGCAAGUAAUUUUCCGUGUUCGUUCUUUUUGGUUUGUUUAAUAGAGCUAUCAACAAUUAACGCAUUUAUAAUGAGUGUUUUUUUAUCAACAAAUACUACAAUAUUUAUCAAAACUUAAUCAAAAAGCGAUUAGGUGGCCCUAAGAAAAUGCCUUCAAAAUUAUGUAAAUUAUGUAAUGUAAGCAAAAUUCAACUUAAAACAUGUGUCGAAUGUGUCUAUGGGUUAAUAAAUCAACUGAUUUGCAUUACUAACAAUGAGUGUCUCAUAUUACACGACAAAGCUUUUCGCGCCGAUAAUAAUUCGCGCAGUACUAAAAUUGACGCACCCAGCGCUGCCCGAAUUCUAGUACUGCCCGAAUUUUAAUACAAGUAAGGUAUAUAGAUUUAGCCAGGGCUAAAAGCGAGGUACUCGUCAAUAUACUUAUAGUUUACUCAAACAAAAAAUAAAAUAGUGUAAUACUAAACGGCGACAAUGAGAACGGCAAAAAAAAUCAAAGGUUUAAUUAGCAAAAAACAACUUUGCACUUGCAGCACACUUUUUUGGGACAUUUCUUUACCACUGUUUUGCACGAUUACAACGUGAAACUUUCUAGUUUUUACACGUUUUGUUGAGGAAAUGUCACAUGUAUUCCUGUUCGUUUUUUUUUAUACUGGCACUCAUUUUCACCUUGGAGGCGGCUAGCAUUUGUCUUUUUUGACCGACGCUAUAAAAUUUUCCUGUUUUCCCUUCAACGAAAUUCGUUACCUUUGUAUUUUAUCUUUUGCUUUAGCUAUUUCCUCUGUUACCCAUCUCAGUGUAGACAAUAAGAUUUAGUCAAAAAAACAAAAAGAAGAAGGCAGACUUGGCUUUGCUGUUGUGUUUUUUCUCGAAAAGUCUGGGUGGCCAUGCGAUUUACCCUCAAAAACGCGCGGGCGCUAGAAAUGCAAAUUUCUUGCCGGCUUUCAUGAAAGGGUGGACGUACGUACCUUAACGUGAUUUCGUACUUUUGAGUUAAAUACACUAUACCGAGCCGAAAUAAGUUUCACUCGAUAAAUGCGUUGCUCAAGUACUCAGCAUCAUCCACUAUCCAAACUUUUUACGGGAUCAUUUUUGGUUGAAAUUCAUAGGCGGAUCUAGAAAAUUCAGAAACUGGGGUGGUAGGGACAUUUGCCCACUUGCCAGCUAUAGCCUCGUCCCCCUCGGCCCACCCCUGAAAACCCCCCUUAAAAUUAGGAAUCAUUUGCGAUCCAUUUUGGGAAUAAUUUGCAGUACUGUGCCCGACUUUUUUCGCAAGCAAACAAACAUAAUAUACCAAGAGGCUAUAAAGGGGACAUAGAGGGCAUCCCCCAUAUACACCCUAUUCCAUGGGUAAUUCGUCUCGAGUUAUUUUUAGAAUCGGGAUAAAGUUACUUCGCUCGAGGCGUGGAUGUUUCGUGGAGGUUUCGCAUGACCAAACGCUGUGCAAAACAUGUCGGGCGAGAGGCAAUGAAAGCAUAAAAAGAUCGAGAGCAUUCCUGAAUAUUGAAGCGAAAUGAGUCGGCGCUCACCUGGGAAAAAGGAAUUGCUGGACUCUUUGACAACCCGUGAAAUCAGUUUAACUCGAAGUUGUCGUAACCUCAGUGCUUUAAUAAAAUGAGAAAUUUCGCCGGUCUAUUGAAAACGGUCUUUUGUACAAUUUAGGGAGUUUAAGAUCCACCGACGCGGACAACAACUAGAACGUCAAAAAACAAUAGGUUUAAUUAGCAAAACAACAACUUCGCACGUGCAACACACUUUUUUGUUCAUUUCUUUCCCGUUUUUGCACGACUACGACGUGAAAAUGCCUAACUUCUCGUUUUAUGGAGGACGUAAAUAAGCAACGACGAAAUUUUAUUUCUCUUUCUGAGCUUGAAUAUGGUCCCUUAAAAUUCAGCUUUAGGAGGGUUCGCCUACAAUUGACAAA